AUGCCAUCAAACGCCCGUCGUCGCGUCCACCGCCGCCGUGUCGCUAAGAAGCACGCCAACCGCAAACACCGUCGUGCUUUGAAGAAGAGACGCCACACCCGAUCGGUCUCUUUCUCUCAACGCAAGCGUGCUCACAAGCGUGCCCGCAUCGCCAAACUCCGCUCAAUCCGCAAGCAACGCAAGAUCCGCAAGCACCGUCGUGCUCUCCGUGCUAAGCUCCAGCGUCAACGCCGUGCUCACCGCAGAAACCUCCACCGUCGCAUCCGCGCUCAUCGCCGUGCUCACCGCCGAGGUGCCCGCAAGCACCCCCGCGCCGCUCGCAAACAUCGCAAACACCGCAAACACCACAAACGCGGU